CGUUCUGAUUCCCAGCAGACCAAGAUGGCGACGGGCUGACAUUUGGAGCAGUUCUUGGAAUGUUGUCCGCCCCAUCUGUUGAUUUGUCGAGCGGUAGCCAAAUUCUUCAACCACCAACGACAAAAUCUUUCGGACCGUCAGCUGGGCGACCUUUGAGGCGGGGAAAUCCGAUGUAGGAGCGGCGAUUUCGCUCGGGACAUGGGGCAAUCUCAGGGCAAAGAUGGGGGUGACGCUAGAAGACCGAGUUUGGGUUCGUUCGCCAACAAAGUUGGCAACUUCGGGAGGAGUCUGAAGGGAAAGGAACCUCGUGCCUACCCGUCUUUCAACGUCUUCGAGGAGCAUAACGUCCACCAUGACGUCUUCUCACCUCCUCAGGGGCUCUUCCCAGUACAAGAACCAUCAGAUGUAUCUGAGGUUCUGGCUAACCGUCCCCUGCCGGACACGCCACACCUCGGAGACCGCUGGACCUCGCGGGAGAACCUUCUGUUCGGCCCGGAGCUGAACGAUCCGCAGUUGUUCGUGGCACUGUACGACUUUGUGGCUGGGGACACAAACCAACUUAGUAUACUCAAAGGUGAACACCUGCACAUCCUGAGCUACAACGAGAGCGGGGAAUGGUGCGAGGCGCAGAACCGCAACAAGCAGCGCGGCUGGGUCCCGUCAAGCUACGUCACCCCGGCAACCAGCCUGGAGCGACACUCAUGGUACCACGGCGCCAUCUCGCGUAACGCGGCGGAGUACAUCCUCUCCUCCGGGAUCAAUGGGAGCUUCCUGGUCAGGGAGAGUGAGAGCAGCCCCGGACAGCUGUCAAUCUCACUCAGAUAUGAGGGGAGGGUGUAUCACUACAGGAUCAACAAUGCUUCAGAUGGAAAGGUCUAUGUGACAUCAGAAAGCAGAUUCAACACCCUAGCAGAGCUGGUCCACCACCACUCCCUGGACCCCGACGGCCUCAUCACGACACUACGCUAUCCUGCGCCCAAACGCAACAAGCCGACAGUCUACGGUCUGUCCCCGGAGCCCGACCAUUGGGAGGUGGAACGUACGGACAUCGCCAUGAAGCAGAAGCUGGGAGGGGGGCAGUACGGAGAGGUGUACGAGGGAGUGUGGAAAAGAUACGGCAGGACGGUGGCUGUCAAGACACUCAAGGAGGAGACCAUGGGAGUGGAGGAGUUCCUGAAAGAAGCAGCUGUGAUGAAGGACAUCAAACAUGCCAACUUGGUGCAGCUACUGGGUGUUUGUACCAGAGAACCUCCAUUCUACAUCAUCACAGAGUUCAUGCCGAAUGGAAACCUGCUGGAUUACCUGCGUAACUGUGACCGGGAGGAGGUCAACGCUGUGGUCCUGAUGUACAUGGCUACUCAGGUGGCUUCUGCCAUGAGCUACCUGGAGAAGAAAUACUUCAUCCAUAGGGACUUGGCAGCGCGUAACUGCCUGGUUGGUGAGAGCCACCUGGUGAAGGUGGCAGACUUCGGGCUGUCCCGGCUGAUGACCGGAGACACGUACACGGCGCAUGCCGGCGCAAAGUUCCCCAUCAAGUGGACGGCACCGGAGAGCCUGGCUUACAACAAGUUCUCCAUCAAGUCUGAUGUUUGGGCUUUCGGUGUGCUGCUGUGGGAGAUAGCGACCUACGGGAUGUCUCCGUACCCGGGGAUCGACCUGACGCAGGUGUACGAAAAACUGGAGCAGGGAUACAGGAUGGAGAGGCCAGACGGCUGUCCUAGUGACGUGUACGAACUCAUGCUCAAAUGCUGGCAGUGGAGACCGACAGAGCGGCCAGACUUCAGGGAUAUUUACGAUGCCUUGAACACCAUGUACCAAAACUCCAACAUUAAUGAAGAAGUGGAGAAGGAGCUAGAGCGUGCGCCAGACCUCCCCACGAAAUCCCGCAGUACGAAGCGAGGAGAAGACAGUUCCGGUAUCGUCCCUCUUCACGGCGCCACGGAGCCAGGUACCUAUUCCAAGUCCCAGAAGACAUCAGAGAAACAAUCACCACCGUUGCCUAAGAAGCAAAGCAGCAACAAACACAAGGACAAGGACCGGGACAAGAAGGACGAUCAGUCGUCGUCUGGGAAGGAGGAAAAGUCGGGGAAAGAGGAGAGUCGAAUGAGCAAGGCUUUCAUCAACCUUCCCGCGCUGUGGAGACGUAGCAGCAGGAUGAAACGUCCGGCCCCGCAGCCUCCGAAAAGGAGCAGCUCUUUCAAAGACGAGGCCACGCAACACAAGAACAACGACACAAACACCUACCCGCCAACGACGAACUCCCACCCAUUGUUCCGGCGGGAGGAUAAAAACGGGAUGUCGCAGAAUUUCGAGAAUCUGAACCAGGAGCUGAACGCGCACCUCUCGCAGACGAGCCGCAGCCUCGGAAACCUAACGGUCGACGCGGGAUCGUCGGGUAGUAAGUUUCCGAAGAAGGCGCUCCCGUUUCCGCAUGGAACGCGAGAGAAGUCGCACGCGAUGCAUGGAGGCGGUCGGACGUCAAUGUCGUCACUAGACAUCAGCGAAGACAGGGAUUCUCAGCCGACUCCCCACCCCCACAUGCUGAAGUCCUCCUCUAGCACAGACUUUAACUCGACCCUGCAGAAAACGGAGAGAUUUCGCGGCGACACUGACUCCCCCUCCCCUCCUGCCAGGAGAACGAAAGCCGAUAAGGCGGAGCGAAAAUGGAACAAGAGCCCGACACACAGUAUUAAGAGCGUUAGCGGAGCGUUAGAGAGUUACCACAGGGACGAUGCACUCCAGGGUGCUAACCUCGCAAAACACGAGAGGCCGAGAAAUCUGCUGACCCCUCCCCCUAGACUUCCCUCACAAAAUCCCGGCCAUACGGAGAAAAAAUCUAGCCCAGAUUCUAAGGAUAGCGAAUCAAAACCGGACAACGGUCACAACGCCGUUUCCAAGCCCGCGAAGAAGAAACCAGGCUACCUUAAGAAACCUGUGCACUUAGGCAAUCUCCAUAUAACGGAGGAGGAUUUAAACGAUAGAGGGCUGAGAGCGGAAAGAGCAGAGAGUACGGCAACACCCCCUCCCACCCCCACAGGAGGGGUGAAACUCUUCCCCGGUAUGGCCCCACCCGUAAAGGGUGCGCAGGUCAACCCUGUAGUUAAACCACCCAGGACUUCCAAACUACCGUCGUCCGAUAGCGGUUACCAAACGUCAGAUUACAAAUCCGCGGACAAACCCGCGAUAACAAGUCCCAAACCGUUGCUAUCGACUCACGGAGAGGGACCAAGCUCUCCGUUAGGAUUCAAACCGCUCAUUCCCGCUCGAGUGUCGCUGAGGAAAAGACCGCUGGUGGAAAAGCCGUCGGAGGAAGUAACGAAGGAAUCCUUGCUACAAAUGUCGGACAGUCUUCUACAAAAACUGACAAACACUAACCACAAUUCCUACAUUGGGGACGUGCAAGAGCUAGGACAGGACUAUCUGAAUGCCUGUUCCCACUACAUCGACAAUGUCCAACAACCGCACGCGAAGUUUGCCUUCCGUGAGGCAGUGAACAAGCUAGAAGGGUCCAUGCACGAGUUAAGACUCUCACAAACGUCUACAAGCCAUCAUCCCAAUAUCAACAAAGUCCUAGCAGAGCUUAGAAGAACUACCAAGGAAAUCAGCGGCAUUGUUAAAAGAUAGUACAGUGUUCUUCCAUCCGUGUAUGUUUAGGUAGCAGUUUUCCUCCUACAAAUGUAUGUAAGAAUCAUGUCUUUAUUAAUUUGUUGUCCAAAUGUAGUCAAAUUUAGAAGUAUAAUAUCUUUCCCACAUGUGGCUAUGGGUGUGGCGGCCGUAAGAGUCCUUCAGUGUUCUCCAUCCAUGUGCCUUGCUUGAGAUUUUACACCGGUUCUUUCCACCGGUGUAGUUUGAUACAUCCUCUACUCCUGGAAAUACAAACAACAGGAUGAACAGGGUGUUAGGGCUUUACUGCUGUCAUGUCUUAAAGCACAUAGAGAAAGGUACAUGUGAACCAAGUUCGCCGAAUCUGGGCACAUUCUUGUCUCAGAAUGUCCAGAAAUUUUGCUAAGAGUCUCCGUAUCUCUUAAAUCAUGGAUUUCAAUCUUGUGAUAUUUUGAGUUACAAAUUUCUACAAUGUCAGACCUGGCAUCAGACGAGGUCCCAUCUCAAAUUGAAACUUUUUUUUUCUUAAUCUUUUACUUCUUGAUAACUUAAAUUCGUGAAGUGUUUGGACCUGAUUGUCGCCUGUGUAGAUGCACUGCUAUUUUUCCUACAGUUGUGCUGCAUUCUACUACAUGUAUGGAAAUUCUGGGAAUGCAAACAUAAUAUCAGACUGAGUUCAUGAUACGCAAUGUAUUGUUUGGCAAUGCCAGUAGGGUGAAGCAAUUUGGGGUCUGGAUAUACAAAUGUAUGUGGGACUGGUCUGUCUGUAACCUAGGGUAAGAAGCUGUGCAUAUCACUCCUCUAUUGCCAUAUCAUUGCCAAAAGACUUUUUCUGGUUACAUGCUUGCCCCCCUCUUUUUCGAGUGGUAGCAACCUUACUUUUGUAGAGUCUGGUCCAUACUUGGGUGAUGCCACUUUGACAAGAGGGAGAGGACUUAACAUUUUUUAUGGGAGAACUGUUUAAUUUUCAGUCGUUAGUUAAGGUGUGUAAGAAAAUUGCUUCCGGAAUGAAGCAAUGGAAAUUUUGAUGAAAUGUAAAAUCAAGAAUAAAUCAAUUGGUUUAUUAUAAUCCACACUUUUGUGCAAAUAUGGAAAUAUUGCAAGUUCCAUUUGUUGUUGUUGUAAUAAUUGUACAGUUAAUUUUUAUCCAUUCCAUGUUGUGCUUUCGUUUAUUCUGGGUUUGUAAUAAUGUAAUAAACCUAGCCACACACUGACUUCUUUGUACACUACAUGUAGCUUGCACUGAACAGUUACUAAGUAGACAGCAAAAUGUUAUGAUCUUGGUACACUCUUAGAAGCUAGGCGGUGCAUUUGUACAAAUUGUAGACUCUUUGAACACUGUUGGAUUUAAGGAUGCUAUUGACACGACGUACAGUUUUCUGCUGUCCAUUGUUUUCAUGAUUAUAAUUUCUCAGGUGACUCCAUAUAAUAGUUAACAUGAUCUAUUACAAAGCAUAUUAAAUAAAAGCACAAGACACGAGUAUCUA